AUGCCAUUCAACGGCGCGAUGUUGACAAAUGAAAAUGUUUUGGCUUCUCUGGGCACACUAACGGACUGGAGUGUGGGAGCCGUGUCUAUCGUCGAAGCUGACCGGGUUCUUUGUGUGGACUCCCUAGCCUCGAUUCAUCAACGUGUCCUUCAUCUGGCGAUCAUUCGAGCAGGGGCUACUAUGGCUUUUGCCCAUCGUGGAUUGCUCACCUUGAAGGAAGAUGUAGGCUACAUAAAUCCAACAAUUGUUGCCGCUUCAGGAGGAAUCUUACAUUUGCUACAUGCAGCCGCUCGACGUGCACUUAAACAGAUGGGGAGGCUGCGUCGUUUCAUCACUAUACUGAAACUGCGGUGGAGAGCGCGUUCGUAUUGGCGGACGGGGGAUCUCGACCUACUUCGGCAGACGCCGUUCAAAGAACUGAAGAUGUUGCUCGCGAAAGUUCACACUGUCAUCGCAGCCCCUUCGUUAGCGUCGAGCGAACUUAUAAAGGAGUUGCAGCUUUUAUACUCGAUAAUCGUUGUCCAUGCCUGCUGUUCUCCUCAAACCGGCAUUGCGUUUUCAAGUAGGCAGCAGAAUGGCGAAUCACUGAUCUCUAGCAGUGUCCAGAGAAUACGUGCGGCGCCUUUGGGUUGGGUGUCCCCAGUGGUGGCCGUAUCCUUCGAGAAACUCAGUCCCGCAGAAGAGGCCAGCCUCAUGGAGUUCCACGCAGAUGGAGCGUCGGGUCGGCCGGGACAUACUUCACAUCUUAUUCUAGAUGCGUCCGGUGAAGCGUCCACUGAAUUCAAAAACCUGGCGAGCGAUGCCACGGAUUUUGAUGGGUUUCGACUCAGCGCUGUCGGGAACCGCAGAGGCCACGUUGUUACAGAGGGUGAAAUUGUGAUCCAGGGGGCCUGCGUGUCUGUGGGAUAUUACCGCCACCAAACAGCUUUCCAGAGGCAGAUAACCAAUCAAGGCAUGUAUAGAACAGGUUUAGUGGCAGCUUCCGCUGGAAGUGAUUUUCCACUGCUGAUGAUCGGCACCCUGUCCCGAAGCGUGUUAACUGCUGAAGGGGAGUUCAUCGACCUGGAAGAAGCAGAAAGGCAACUUAGGAAGGUCCCCAUUGUUCGCCGCGUUUUGUUAUAUGCAGACGACUUUCAUUCACCGUUGGUAGCAAUCAUCCAGCCUCGGAAAGGUGCAGCUCUUCGCUGGGCCAAAACUCGUUUUGCAUAUUCAGAUGAUUACGGAGCGUCGUACGAAAAUCUGGUGUCUCUACCUGCACUAAGGGACUUUGUGUUGAAGCAGAUUGAGGAACACACGCGACUGUCCCUUGAGUCUUUUGAGAGGCCUAAGGCUAUUUACCUUGUGCCACAUGAUGUGGAGCUUCCUGUUGGCAUCUUUGACAAGCUUAUUAAUAAACAGCAGGAUGAGCGGACCGUUUCCCGGAGCCAGCUGGCAGAUGCAUACAUGAAGCCGAUCAAGGAGAUGUAUGCAUCGCUUGCUGAUUAA